AAUCGUAUGAUCAGCGGUUUAACAGCACUGAACUGUGUGCAGCAGCCAGCAGUGCCGCUGGUCGGCUGGGGUUCUACAAGUGUGCACCUUCAGGAAAGGGGGUGUGUCGCUAUGAGUGAGGGACAACGUUAACGUUACAUAAGCUGACGUGCAUCGACGGCCUGGUCAAGCUAGUAGACAGUCAGCGUUGCUGUGAUUCAACUGAAGCGGAGCGGCUGGAUCUCGCCGAAGUGGGAUCAUUUUGACAGCGUAAAGAUGGCGGCCUCCUUCCUCCGCUUAGGUCGAGCUGGGUCUCUCAAGUGUCUGCAGUUGGGAACCUUGGGCACUUUGAGAAGAGCGCCUGCUGCCACACUCACGACCAAGCCUGGAGGGCCGAAGAAACCUGAUAAAAAAACGAACAUAAAAAAGCCCAAGGUCAAAACCUUCUUCGAUUUAGAAAAGCUCACACAACACCAGAAGUAUGUGGAGUUUCCCAAGGGGCAGUCAUCAGAUGCUGCCGCGGCUGUAGCUGCGGCUGUUGAACCCCCUCUGCCAGCUGCUGAACCGGCUGCCAUUAGCACUGAAGUUCCUGCCGUAGCCGAGGCCGUCCCUGUAGCUGAUACCGCUGCUCCAGUAACCGACACCGCUCCUACCAUCGCCGACCCUGCUGUAUCAAUUGUUGAAGCUGCCCCAGAAGUUGCUGCAGCUGCCCCAGAACUUUCUACAGCUGCCCCAGAAGCUGCAGCGGAAGUGGUUGCAGAACUUGUCUCUGAACCCAUUCCAGAAAUUAUUCCUGAAGCUGCCCCAGAAAUUGCUGCAGCAGCCCCAGAAGUUUCCCCAGAAGUUGUUGCAGAAGUUGUCUCUGAAGCCAUUCCAGAAGUUGCUGUAGAAGCAUCCCCUGAAGCAGCUUCAGAAGUUGCUGCGGCAGCACCAGAAGUUGCUCCAGAAGUUAUUGCAGAAAUUGUUUCAGAAGCCACUCCAGAAGUUGCUCCAGAAGCUGUUCCAGAAAUUGUUGUUGCAGCUCCAGAAGUUGUCCCUGAAGUGGCCCCAGAAGCCGCCCCAGAAGCCAUUACAGAAGCCGCCCCUGAGGUUGCUGCCCCUGAGGUUGUUGCAGAAGCCGCCCCUGAGGUUGUUGCAGAAGCCGCCCCUGAGGUUGUUGCAGAAGCCGCCCCUGAGGUUGUUGCAGAAGCCGCCCCUGAGGUUGCUGCCCCUGAGGUUGUUGCAGAAGCCGCCCCUGAGGUUGUUGCAGAAGCCGCCCCUGAGGUUGUUGCAGAAGCCGCCCCUGAGGUUGCUGCCCCUGAGGUUGUUGCAGAAGCCGCCCCUGAGGUUGUUGCAGAAGCCGCCCCUGAGGUUGCUGCCCCUGAGGUUGUUGCAGAAGCCGCCCCUGAGGUUGUUGCAGAAGCCGCCCCUGAGGUUGUUGCAGAAGCCGCCCCUGAGGUUGUUGCAGAAGCCGCCCCUGAGGUUGUUGCAGAAGCCGCCCCUGAGGUUGUUGCAGAAGCCGCCCCUGAGGUUGUCGCAGAAGCCGCCCCUGAGGUUGCUGCCCCUGAGGUUGUUGCAGAAGCCGCCCCUGAGGUUGUUGCAGAAGCCGCCCCUGAGGUUGUCGCAGAAGCUGCCCCUGAGGUUGUGCCAGAAGCCGCAGAUGUUGCGGCCGAAUCUGUUGUGGAUACCGUAGCAGCAGAAGUUGCUGCAGAAGUGGCAGCUGAAGCCACUCCUGCAGAAGCUGAGCCCACUGCAGAAGUUGCAGAAGCUGCUGCUGCUGAAGCAGUAGUUGCUGCAGAAGCUGUGAGUUCUGAGGAGCUGGUUGAUGCAGCUCCUGUAGUAGCUGAAGCUGCAGGAGAAGAGCUUCCUACAGAGGCCCCCGCUGAAGCUGUGGAGUCGCCUGAGGCUCGCCUGGAUCCAAUACAGAAGCUCUUCCUGGAUAAGAUUAGAGAGUAUGCAACCAAGAGCAAAUCUUCAGGUGGCCUGGUUGAUGCAGGCCCCGAGUAUCAAAAGAAUUUGUCUGAGGAGAUGACCAAGCUUCAGCGGCUGUAUGGUGGCGGUGACCUCACUAAGUUCCCAGAGUUCAAGUUCCCUGAGCCCAAAUUGGAUGAAGUGGCCCCUAAAUGAAGAUCGUCGAUAUCAAUGUUUUUGGCGUCUGUCUUUUCCAAUGUCAGUAAUGAUCAGCAAAAGAUGUCUAAUAAAAUUCCAUUUUGGGGUACCAUGA